GCCGCUGAAAUGAAAUCCUUGGGAGUUGGGGGUCUAGGGAAUGAACUCAACCAUAUCUUCUCCAUGCUAGUUGUCCCUCGCUUUAUACCACGUGCCAUCACAAGAGAGAUUCGCUUCAAAAACAAACAAGGUUUAAUCCUUCAUGGGCCACCUGGAACGGGAAAAACCUCGAUAGCACGAGCCAUUGCGAAAAUUCUCAAUGGAAAAUUACAGGUUGUCAGAGGACCCGAAAUAUUUAGUCAACUUACAGGAUCAAGUGAGGCCAAGAUAAGGGAGGUGUUUUAUUCAGCCAUUAAUGAUCUUGAAGCAAAAGGUGAGGAGAGUCCUCUGCAUGUGAUAGUUUUUGACGAGUUAGAUUCCAUUUCAAGGCAAAGAGGAACUAAUCCAUUUAACACCACGGGUGAUCGGAUUGUGAACCAGCUUCUCACUAUGAUUGAUGGAUACACUAGCUUAAGCAAUAUAUUGCUAAUUGGGACGACGAACAGGAUAGAUUUAAUUGACACUGCAUUGACGAGGCCGGGUAGAGUCGAGUUACAUCUGAAAAUUGGUCUUCCCGAUGAAGCGGGACGACUGGAGAUUCUGAGGAUUAAUGUUAAGAGACUUCAAUGGAGGGGGAUGAUAGAUCCACAUCUGGAACUCCAGAAGAUAGUUACAGAUACAGAAGGAUUUAGCGGAGCUGAUCUCGAGGCAUUAAUUCAGACUGCAUACUGCAAUGCGAUGGAUCGUCAUGUGAAAUCGGAUAUAUCCAAAACCGAUUGGGCAGCUAUUAUAGUUGUGGCGCCGGAUAUUUAUAGGGCAGUUGUUGCUCUCAGAACUGCAAAGGACUGUAGUGCUAAGGGCUGAAAAUACAGUCAUUCACCAAAGUUAGAGGCCUUGCAGUACUCUUAUCAUGUUUUCAUCUUACAGUUCUUUUGGAUUUUAGAUUUCAAGUUUUAAGUUUCAAUAGU